UGUUUGAUGUCAACACGCUUAAAAGAUGUGGUUAGGCCAAGUCUUUCUUUUUUCUGACUUUCUGAAAUGUUCAAAAGCGUUUUAACGUCAGGACUUUAAGGUAAGUGUCUUUACAGAAAACUUUUGACCUUAGGAAAUUCUGAAGUAAUAAUGUUGACCCUAUGCAAUAUGGGUUAGGGUUAAGAGGAACAUAAGCAAAUACGUUGCCAUUUACCUUAGUUUUCUAAAAUACAUUAGGCUACUAAUAGGCUAUAUCAAGUGCAUAGCCUAGUAUUUUUUUUUUUUUACAUUUUAGUCGUUUUUUGAUAACGUGAAAGUUAAAAUAGUCGUGAACCAAAGAAAAGCAUUUUGUGCACUGUUUAUUAUUUAGAAGAGUAUUUGUGUAUACAGCCUAUUAUUGUUGUUGCUAUUAUUAUUAUUUUUAUUUUUUUUAAUACAGUAAUUUUAUGCUGUAGCAUAUUGUGGAAUACAAAUAUACUGUGUUUGUAUUUUGUUCGGGACUGGGGCCAGUUUUGCAUGUUUAAAGCGUUACGUCAGACGUUCGUUCCGCGAGGAGCACGUUGCGCUCGGAUUAUUUAGAGGUGACGCCUCCAGUUGCUAUGGAAACAGGACGCUUUUUCCGCUCCAACCUUCCAGUGUCUUCUCAAACUGCGACGAGGCUUAGAAAGUCAAAGAAACUUCAUAAAAGUGUUACUGUAGGUUUAACAUUCUAUGACAGACAGUAGAAGAAAAAAAUACCGCUUUAUAUCUCAAAUACAGUCGAUAGGUCUUUAUAUAGAGAGAGUUAGACACUUCGCACAGAUGAACAGUUUACAGUGUGUUGGAAGGCCCUCAGAAGUCUCAUCCAAAGUCAAUGAAAAGGAGGUUGCACCCUUAAAACCAGAGGUUGGCAGCUCAACAGAUCCAGUGGCAAAAGAAUCAGUGGAAUGGAAACCAAAGCAACACAAACCAAAACUUAGUGGAAAGACAGAAGGACAGGGACCAUCUGUAAACUCUGAGACAACAAAUAUUAAACUCAAAGCUCCAUGUUCCACAAGGCAAAUGAAAGUAAAACCUGGUGAAAAGACAGAGGGUCAGGAUCCUUCUGUAAAGACAGAGGUCAAUCCUUCCUUGAACUCUGAAACAUCAGAUACCACACUCAAAGUAUACACUUCAAAAAGCAGCAGAGGGUAUAAUGCCUCUAAAGCACCGUCCUUCAGAAAUGUAACCAGGCAUGGACAUAAACUACCUAAACAGGCUCCCCCUAUUAUGACAGCAUUAGAAAAAAAAGAGGAAUGUGAUGUCCAGUCAGAAAGUGUUCAUGAACUACAUAUCCAGGCCCCUCAAGUAGUGCCCUCUGCAAAUGACCAGGAUCCUCAUGAGGCACAGAGUGAAGAGGAUGGAAAUGAGAGCGCUGAAGGACACGUGCCGCUAGAACUGUUUGCAGAGUUUCUACAGGCCAUGAUGACAAGGAAUUACCAACUUGCCAAGAAACUCUGUCAGAUGAUUUUAAUUUAUGAGCCUCAGAACUCAGAGGCUAAGAGCUUCCUGCCUCUCAUAGAAGAAAAAUUAAUGAUAGAAGCAGAUGAGGAAUCAGAUGAUGAUGAUGAUGAUGAUGAAUCUGAUGAUGAUGAAUCUGAUGAAUCAGACACAUCUGAUGAUGAUGAUGAUGAUGAAGAUGAUGAUGAUGAGUCCUCAGAUGAAGAGUCCACUGACGGCACAGAUGAUACAUUAUCAUCUUCAUCAUAAACAACAAAUAAACAAACAAACAGUCUUGUAGAUGUAGUGGUCCUAAUCACGUACAGUAUUGAUUUUGUUUUAAUACAGCUAAUGCUCAUAAACAAUGUGUGUCAUAUUUAGCAUCUCUUGCAUGAUCAGUUAUGUCUAAUACUGACUGGACUUGAAAUUGUAUUCUGCGUGAACUGUAAUCUAUAUGUUUUAAGAUAAUAAAGUAGCUAUUUCCUACUUGAUUUUAUCGGUUUAAUUGUUCAGAAAAGUGCAAGACAUUAUAGCGCCAUCUAAUGGAGGGGAAAAACA